AAGAGAGCUGCGGCCACGCACCGGGAGUAAAGGGAGACACUGGGAGAAGGGCGGACAGAGCGAGAGAAGCACAGGGGAAAAAAGAGAAAAAAAGUAAAAGCGGAGAAUUAACUGCGGUGCACCCAGAACAGGACCGCCCUAAGGAUAUAACACCAGAAGAAGAGGAUCGGCUAAUACACAGGAGCCAUGACCCUGAACAAAGACGACAAGCUGCGCAGCAGCAUGGACAGGAGACGCGGCAGCACUCCCUUCCCCGCGCACCUGCAGCACCUGCACAGGAGGAGCAUGCCGGUGGACGAGCGCGAGCUGCAGCGCGCGACGCCCGGGUCGCGCCCCGGGGAGCUGACCGGCCUCACGCGCUGCAUCUCAUACGGCCCCGGCAGACGGGGCGAAGCAGGGGAGGAUGAGCCGCGCGACGGAUGCGUGUCCGACUCCUCGGACUCGGUGAUCUCCUCGGGCAGCGACGCAGAGGGGCACGUGCACAAGGUGGUGCUGCUGGGCGAGCACGGCGUGGGCAAGUCGAGCCUCGCGCGCAUCUUCGGCGGCGUGGAGGACGCGCACGACAGCGAGGAGGCAGGCAACACCUAUGACAGAUCGGUGAUUGUGGACGAGGAGGAGGCUUCCAUUCUCCUGUAUGACAUCUGGGAGCAGGACAAUAGCCAGUGGCUGAAGGAGCAGUGCAUGCGCAUGGGUGACGCCUACAUCAUCGUCUACUCCGUGACGGACAAGGCCAGUUUCGAAAAAGCGUCCGAACUGCGUAUCCAGCUGCGCAGAGCGCGACAAUCCGAGAACAUUCCCAUCAUCCUGGUGGGGAACAAGAGCGACCUUGUGCGGUCCAGGGAGGUCUCCGUCGAGGAAGGCAGAGCGUGCGCUGUGGUGUUCGACUGCAAGUUCAUCGAGACGUCCGCCUCGCUGCACCAUAACGUCCAGGACCUGUUCGAAGGCAUUGUGCGACAGAUCCGCCUGCGCAAGGACAGCAAGGAGCAGAACGCCCGGCGGCUCGCCAACAGCAAGCGGCGCGAGAGCAUCGGCAAGAAGGCCAAGCGCUUCCUGGGUCGCAUGGUGGCCAGGAAGAACAAGAAGAUGGCCUUCCGUCAGAAGUCGAAGUCCUGCCACGACCUCUCCGUCCUUUGAGACCCAAACUGUCCGCUUUGCCCCUGAGACCGAAAGCUGUGUGACACAGGCUUGUGUUUCCAACACUGAACUGAGGACUAAUGUAGCUGUACAUACAUACAUGUGCAUUUUUUACACUAGAAGAGAAAACAAGGACUGGAGAAGGAGUAACUCAAUAGAGAACAUGGUCUGACGGUGAUACAUCUGCAUGAAGCUUUCAGAUUUUUAUAGUAAUUUACUUUGCCUUAAGUACGGCUGAGUCCUACUCAUGUAUAUAGGCAGGUAUUUGAGAAGCGCUAACCCUGAGAAGGAGCUGAGCUUCCUGCAGGUGUACCUCCCCUUUGGAAGUAGUAGCUGUAAUUAAUAUUACAAUAAUAUUAAUUUUUCUGUAAGUGGGGGAGGCAUAAAAGUUGCAAUGAAAAGCAACUGUAUACAGUGCUGAUGGGAAUAGUAGUAGUGGGAUGUGGAUUCUUUUUUUUUUUGAGGGGAAACUUUGGUUACAGCCAGAGAAAAGGAUUGCUGUGGCAACCAGUAUGUUUAAUUUCACCAUUAACCCGUUUUGAAACUGUCUUUACUUGAAACCGUACGCAGGUUCGUACCUUGACUGAGCUACAGAGGCAGGAGCGGGCGGGCGGGCAGGUUGGGAAGUAAAGGGUUAAAGUGGGACAAAUACCCGGUUUUAUUGUUCUGAUGUUCAAGCUCCAGGUGUUGAUGAAUGAAACUGAAGCAAUAAGUAAUAUUUGUGUUGUGAAUUUUACAUUGUUUUACCAGGGUUGUUUUGCACUUCUGUUAAAGAUACUGAGUUAUUAAUUUUGUUAUGUUUACAGAUAUUUUUUAAUAAAACGAUGAAACUGA